UACACGGCGUCACGAGGGAAAUGUUCUCGUGAUCAAGGCCUAUAAAUCCAGAGAGGUAGCUACGUGUGAGGCAUGGCUGCACUUGCAAAAGGCGUUGAUGAAUUGAAGGCAAAGGGGGCCAAAUUGUUUACAAAAGAAGGUCGUCUGCGUGGUCUAUCUUUUACCCCUCGUCCUGAUGAUGUAUUCGUCACUACAUCUGCCAAAGCAGGCACGACGUGGGUACAGCAAAUUGUUCACCAGUUGAGGACUCGUGGUAGCAUGGAUUUCGAAGAAAUAACGGAAGUGAUACCUUGGGUUGAAGCAGCCAGUGAUAUUGGAAUCGACCUAGAGGCAGAGCAAGUGGCCUCUCCUCGAGCAUUUAAGACUCAUUGUUGGUAUGAUCAUUGCCCAAAGGGAGGAAAGUAUAUUGUGGUUAUGAGGAAUCCUCGAGCAGUAGCUCCUUCCUUCUACAAAAUGUUGGCUGGAUGGUGGUUUCUACCAUCUGAUAUUGAUGUCAAUACCUUUGUCAAGUCAUUUUGGCUGGCAAGAGGUAAACCACAGUCGAAAUUGGAAAAUAGUUCAUACUGACACUUCUAUGCCUCGUGGUGGCCUCAUCGACAUGAUUCAAAUGUUCUUUGGUUGUUUUAUGAAGACAUGCUUGAAGAUCAUCUGGGAUCUGUGAAGAAGAUUGCGACUUUCAUCAACUGUGGUGCCGAUGAUGAAGAACUUCAUCAGCUAGUGGUGAAACAAUCAAGUCUCGAGUUCAUGAAGAAACAUGUAGUCAAGUAUGAUGGUCAUUUGGUAAAGUUCAAACGUAAUGAAGCAAUCGAUGUACCAAAGGAUGCCAGUGGAGGAGCUAACGUAAAUGAAGGUAAAAAUGAAGCAUAUAAGGCAAUGCUAUCACCUGAGGUGAUCCAAGCUAUUGAUGAUGCUUGGAAACUCAUGGAAGACGUAACUGGAUUCUCUUGUUAUGAGGAUUUACGUAAAAAUUCAUCAUUCACAAAAUGAGCUCUUGGAUUUAUAGUUAUGUGUGGCUAGUGUUAGCACAUGAUUACGGCCUAGGCCCAGUCUACCUGUCGUUUGUAAGUUCAUAUGAAAACUGCACACAAAUAUUAUUUUAAUCCAGAGUCUUGAACGCAUAACUUGUAGAAUAGAUAUAAAUGAUGUCUUAAUACAAGACAUAUGCCACUGGGAUUUAUUCAUGUCCGUUUGCUACAGAAUAGAUGUCUUAUG